AUGGGAAAUCCCGUCUCCGUUUUCUCGUCGUCAACUUUUUUUUUCAUAACUUGGCUCUUGUUUCAACGAUUCGCUAACGCAUCACUCCCAUGCACGAAACCAAUUCAAAUUUAUCACGAGAAUCCAACGACUGGAGUUGUCUACUCACCAAAUUGGCCAGAUCCCUAUCCGAAUCGGGUGAACUGUGUCUACAAUUUGUCAACAACCGCUUCGAAUGUGGUUCACUUAAUCUUUUCCCAUUUCGAUCUCUCACCCCGUUCCCAACGUUCUCAUCAAUGUCUAGACGCGUAUUUGAUUAUUAUUGUCGUCGAUCGACAAGGAAGACAACAUAUUGGCGAUCGAAUUUGCGGCGGCGAUCAAUUCGAGCGCGUUUUCGAGACGAUGCAAUCGAAUAUCCUUCUCGAGUUUGUCUCCUACACAAAUACUGUGCGAAGUGGCUUCAAAAUCGAGUACCAAUUCAUCUCUGAAGGCUCAAUCCGGCAACCGACUUCCUUGUAUUUUGAUGCAGAUCGAACCUAUGAAGCUGCAUGCGGUGGAAGGAAUGAGGCGGGUACCCAUUGGGGUGAGAUCACGUCCCCCGGUUUCCCCCUCUCCUACCCGAAGAAUAUCUCGUGCUCGUGGCUUGUCCGCGUUGAUCCGAGUCAACGCAUCUACGUCCGCCUCAUUCAUCUCAACAUCUCCGAUAUCAAAGAAUGCGAAUUUGGUGUGCUCUCGGUGGCGAAUGGGUAUCGCCAUGAGUUGAAUGUGCAACGAAGAGACGAUCGACGACUUGAGCACUCGGAAGCAAAAUUUUGUGGAAAUCUCAAAUUCUACGAGGAAGAGGGCCUUCGCUCGUACAUCACAACAGGGAAUCGAUUGUUGAUACGGUUCAAAACCGGCGCGCGGACACCGUUACGCGGUGAUGACGAGUCGAAAGUCGGGUUUAAGUUGAUCUGGACGGCGAUCAACGCAAUCAUUGACGAGACAUCGACCGGGAUGAUUCAAAAUGAGCCCGCCUGCAACGAGUUCACAUGUCACGGUGGACUUCUCUGCGUCGAGCACGGUCAGGGAAUCUGUCAGCCAAAAUCCCAAUUCUGCAUUGACUCAUCCCUUGUCUGCAACGGGGUCCCCAAUUGUGCUGAAGGGGAUUUCUCGGACGAGUUUCACUGUCACUCAACGGAGAUCUUCGUGAGCGGUGGAGCGGCUCUUUUCUGUCUCCUUCUCGUCAUCGGCGCUGUCAUGUGUUGCGAGAGGGCAAGACGGAAAUCAGCCAUACAAAAAGCGCUCAGCAGCUCCGAACGUUCCUCAUCAAACGCCCCCAAGAACGGGCGUCCCGUUUGGGAGGAUCGGAAACCCCGACAACCGCAGCGA